GUCGAUAUUUGACCCUUCCCAGGCCGCCCCUUCUCUCGCCAUCUGUUGGCCCUUGCUGUUGAGACUCUGUUGAGUGAGACGGUGUCUAUCUGCGUUGCGAUUGAGUGAGGAUGCUGCCCUUCUACCCCUACAGAGGCCACUGGAUGGGCACGGCGCCUGCUCGUCCGCCUCCCCCCACAUCUGGUUCUCCACAAUUCAUCCGUUUCCCCAUCGCCUCGCCUCAACUUGCCCCACCUCCCCCGGCAGUUCACAUGAUGCGUCCUAUCGUCUGUCCUCCUCUCGUCACACAAGGCCCCUCUUGCGUGCCGCCGCAUCCCACGCCCGCUCCUCCCUUUGCCGGGCGCCCCAAUGCCAUAAGGCCCCCUCUCGUCCCCCCGAGCUCAUUCUUCGUCCCGCCAUACCCCACCGUCGCCCCUCCCGCGUCUGCCAUGCGGGUGAGACCCCCUCUUGUCGGCGCCCCUCCCCUGAGGCCUCCCAUUUCGCCUGCUGUUUUCGCUGGGUCAGCAGGAAAACGGAGCCCACAUCUGACUGGCAAUGCCUCGGAAUGCUGUUGUGUCGUUUGUGUGUGUCUAUGACUCAGAUCGCAUCAUCAUGUGCGAGUGGCUGUACAGGUGUCACAAGCAGCCGUCACGAGACAUCAUCCUGCCGCAGCUGCAUCUCUGUCAUCUGGUCGGUCUUUUCCACUCCAGAAUCGCCUUGUCUCUUUCCACCAUGUCAUGUGUGCGUCUCGGACAGGUCCGGUGACCGUCACGCCGGCGCCAGCCGACGAUCGUCCUGUGUUCGGCAAGUGGAGGUCCAGAGACGUUGUCCCGCCGCCACCGCGUUGUCUGAUUGGCCCUGCAAGUCCGCGGCCGCUGAUGAGCCAGCAGCAGCUGCGCAGCAAGCGCAGGAGCAUCUUCAAGUGGACCAGGCGCAGGACUAACAAUACGCAGGUGGACGAGCAUUGAUUGACUCGUCCGUACUUGGGGUUAUCCGCACUUCGUGUCUGUGUUGAUAUGGGUGUGUGUAUAUUUGCAGAGACACGCUACCUGGGGCGAGAGCAGUGCCCACAUGGUUCCGUCUGAGGUGUGGCGUCAGGGGGUGGUGUCGUCCCUUCCUCUGGCCGACGUGGUGGCCCUGCGCAACACCUCGUCUACCUUCAGCUGCCGAGACGUGUAUUCUGUGCCUGUCGACGUCUGGCGGGAGCUGAUGAUGCCCUGCUUUGCUGUGAGGGAUCUGGCGGCCAUCCGGACCACCUCUCGCAGCUUCGGCAUGUCAAUCGUCUCCGCCAGGGAGAUGCUGCAUCGCCUUGACGCUCUCCUUGAGGGCCACAAGCUCACGGGGAUCAUCGAUAUCGAACGCGCAGCAACAGGAGCCGGGAUUGGUGGCCUGCAGUUUUUCCAAGCCCUGCUCCAGUGCUGUUAUCUGCUGGAGCAGGGUGCUACCGAGUGGCGGAUGAUGAGACAUUUCAUCCGUGCAGCGGCAUGCUAUCGGCUGACCCCUGACAGCGGGCUGCCUCUGAAGGUGUCGGCUCAGCUGGUGACUGAGGAGCUGCCCACCCUGCCCACCGACCAGCCCCUGAUGAUGGCCAUCUAUCGGCUUAUUGGGCCUCUGCUGACCUACCCCUCCGGAUACACACUGGCGCUGCGGGACGGUGACGAUGAGGGAACCUAUCGACUCGGCAGUUAUGAGUUCCGUGUGGUGCCGCCGACUGAACUGCCCCCCGGCCAUCGGUAUGCGCAUAGAUACAAGGCGGCCGAUCCUGUGGUGCGGCUAGGGCCGUUUGCGGAGGGAUCCCGGCUGCUGCCGUCCUUCUCAUCGCUGCUGUUCCACUGCCUCUGUGAGCGUUGGCAUAUCCGACCCGCACCCAAGGAGAGAACCGUGCUGUACAAACUCUUGGGGCAUGCUGACCCGAGGUAUCGGUCUCUGCUCACGAGCGACAUUCCUGAUGAGGACGGCAUUGUCGCGGACAGCCUCGUCGACAACGGAAACCUGCAGGCGGACGCGGCUGAGCAUCGCUAUGUCCUCAUCAGCGGCUAUCGACCGGACGAGACAUCCGGCGGCAUUCUCUCGGUGGGAGGCGGCAGCGUCAGUCUGCUCACCAACGAGGUGCCCAUCGGACUCGCCGAUUGGAUGACUGACGCCCGUCUGCCCGUCGCGAUGCCGCCAUUGCGGCGGGUGCUGAGGCCCUUCAACUUAGAGUGGGACAUCAUCGACAGUCGGCGACUCAACACGGAAUACUGGAUGGACUGAUGCGUAUUAGUCGCCCGGCCAGAAGGGGAGACAGGUAGCUGUGAGUUGUGUUUGUAUGUCUACGAAGGGCACAUCCAUGAAUGAGACAUUGGCUGAGUGGCGGCUGAAUGCACGAGCGGGCAGCGGAUCGGAUUUUUCUAAUCGAUUGAAAUGAGAACCCUGAGUCUGUCGAUCAGCGACUUGAGGGGACAUGAGACACGGCAAAAAGUGCAAUCGUUGAAAGCAUGCUCACAGAGAGAA